AAAAACAAUUGAUGCCUUUUAGAUUUUAGUAAUGUAAUAUAUUGAAGCACAACGGACGGCGUAAUUGCAUAUAUUUCGGAAAGAAAGAAAAUAUAUAAAUUUAAAAAGCGAUUACAUCCGACAUAUGGUUUAUUUAAAUUAAAAAAGAAAUAUGUAUCAAGAAUAUAUGAAUCAAUUGCAGGCGACAAUAUCGCCACUUACAUCAGAUGAACUUAAGGAUUUAAUGAAUGAUGAUGACAAAUUAGAUGAAAAAGUUGAUGAAGUUCUUGAAAUCUUGAAAGCACAAAAAGAUAGUUUACUAACUGAAAACAGAGUGAAAGCUGAAGGAAAUAUUGAAAAAGAACCAAAAAUUAUCGAAUUACGUGGUAAAGUAAGUGAAUUAUCAGAAGAAGCAAAAACCUUUUGUGAGUCAGUACAAGAAAAAUUGUCACAAAUCAAAGAAAAAUCUGGAAAUGUUAGUCAGGAAACAGCAUUAGCAUUACUACAAACAGCAGCAGCUGAAAGUGAAGAAGAUUCAGAAGCUAUAGUAAAAAAAUUUACAGACAAUGAAGUGAAUGUUGAUGCAUUCCUUGAGAGUUUCUUGGGUGCACGCAAGCAAAUGCAUUUACGCAAGUUAAAAGCGGAAAAAAUGCAAGAGUUGAUGCGCAGACAUGCACAGGGGGGUGCACAGCGAGGUUCUGCGAGUGGAAUGCCAACAUAUAAUAAUAUGCCAGGAAGUGGAUUUUAUCCAAGCAAUAAUUUACCAUAUCCAGUAGGACCAAUGAUGCCAAUGCCACCGCGUCCAUUUUAACAUAAAGGGAGUCAAAAAAACAGUUACAAAUUAUAAUACGCCGUUACGAGAAAUCUUGAAGUUGUUUACUUUAAUUUAUAAAAUUAGAAACAAAAAUCUCUCCAAUAUAUAAUUUGGUAGCAAAAAUCGUUGGAAAUUAUUUACUAUUUAUUUAUAUCGGAAAUUAAUAAUAUAAAAGAAAAUCAAAAAUAUAGUUUG